AUGAACAAAGUAACUAAUUCUUAUUUAGAUUUUACUAAAUAAUAUAGAAAUUUAGGUUACAAACAAGUACAUGAGGCUUAUGAUAGAAUAGAUAAUCCAGUUACUAAAUUUGAUAAUUUCUUAAAAACAUCAGUUUUUUCUAAAAGACUUGAAAAAUCAUCAUUAAAUUAAUCUGAAUUAUAUCCAAAAAUAAGAGGGACUACAAAACCUGAUUAUAUUUUUAUUGAACAUUAUCCAAGAUUUAAGGAUGAUAUUAAUUGCAACUAAAAAAUAUUUGGAUAAAAAUAAACUCAGUUUCAUAGUGAUAUAUUCGAAAAUAUUAGAAAUGAUUUUAAAUAGAAAAACUAUUCUUUUCAAUAUAACUCUGAUAAGUUAGAUUAUUCUAAAGAUUUAGGAUUACCAUUAGAACCAAAACAAAGAUUAUAAGAUUUAUAAUUAAUUAAAAAAGAAUAAGAAUUAUAUAAAUCUUUAAGAUAAAAUGUUAAUUUUUUAAAUAGAAAAAAAAGAAUUUUAGAUAAUUUACAUCAAUAUGAAACAUAAAAACAAUCAAAACAUAGAAAUAUAAGUUAAUUUAUAUUUAUUAAUUUUAGGUUAUGACAAAUAUCGUAAUUAAAAUGAAUGUCUUGAAUUUAAUAAUACAAAUGGUUUUAUUGGAGAUCAAAUGAAUUUAUCUUUUCAUUUAUCAAAAGAUUGGAAUAGCAAAAAAAGAUGUGAAACUUAAAGAUUGGAUACUUUUGAAAGAGUAAUAAGUCAAAAACCAGCAAAACUUAAUGUUAAUACAGAUAGAAUGAAAUUUUUAAAAUUCAAAGAAACUUGUGGAAAAGAUUACAAAAUUGUAAAUUUAACAAAAGAUGAAUAAUGA